CCCCCGAGAAGCCAGGAGAAGUUUCUAGGCCUGCGUCCCCGACUUGAUUAAGCUGCUGGCUCCACGCUAGAGCUCGGCGUCUGGCUGUGAGCCUGGGCCGCCUGGCAGGACAGACGGGCAGCAGAACUCGGGAAGAGACACUGCGGAGAGGAGGGCCCUGGGAUUCUGCGGGAGCAGCCGUGGGGGACACCCCUUUGGUGGCAGCUGGGGGGGUUCUGGGACGACAACCCCGUGUGCGCCCGCGUCCUCGGCAGCGGUUGGUUGGUGACACGACUCGGAGCCUGGAGAAAAGCUGUGAAGGCCGGCGCACCCACAUCACCUUGCUCUGUGACCUUGGGCAGGUGGUCCCAUCUCUCUGAGCUCCCCCCAGCUCUGUAAGCGCCAUGGCCGAUGGGCAAUUGCCCUUCCCCUGCCACUAUCCCAGCCGCCUGCGCCGAGACCCCUUCCGGGACUCGCCCCUGUCCUCCCGCCUGCUGGAUGACGGCUUCGGCAUGGACCCCUUCCCUGACGACCUGACGGCCUCCUGGCCAGACUGGGCCCUGCCCCGACUCUCCUCGGGCUGGCCCGGGACCCUGAGGUCGGGCAUGGUGCCACGGGGGCCCGCCACUUCUGCCAGGUUCGGGGUGCCGCCGGCGGAGGGCAGGACUCCCCCUCCUUUCCCUGGGGAGCCCUGGAAAGUGUGUGUCAACGUGCACAGCUUCAAACCCGAGGAGCUGUUGGUGAAGACCAAGGACGGCUAUGUGGAAGUGUCUGGCAAACACGAGGAGAAGCAGCAAGAAGGGGGCAUCGUUUCCAAGAACUUCACCAAGAAGAUCCAGCUUCCUGCAGAAGUGGACCCCAUGACAGUAUUCGCCUCGCUUUCCCCAGAGGGUCUGCUGAUCAUCGAAGCCCCCCAGAUCCCCCCUUACUCAACAUUUGGAGAGAGCAGCUUCAACCAUGAGCUCCCCCAAGACAGCCAGGAAGUCCCCUGCACCUGAAGCCCCCCUCUUGGCCCCUUCAUGUUCCCUCCCCAACCCCGGGGCUUCUCUGAUUCCAGGGUACCUAACUUUAGCUAAACUCAUCAUAGAUUUAGUGUGACUGAAAUGUUGGGGGUGGGAGUGAACUGACCACAGAUUCCCUGGAUAUUGUAGUCAUAGGUAUUUUCCACGGGGUGACGUGAUUGGCAGGUCAUGCUCAGUCGCAUGCAGCCAAGAUGCUGAGAGUUUUGUCUUUUUUGACUUCUUUUUUCUAUAGGGUUGAAAAUUUUGCAAAGAAAAUAUGAGGGGGACAUAACAUUUCAUAUUGCAUCUUGCCUUACAGCUAAGACAAGGGUUGCUUUUCUCUGGGGACCUCCCCCUAUGGCCCAGAUUCUACUCUGGGUUCCCAGUGUCCAUGCCUGCCCCACAGUGCGGUCGCUGGAGUCUGCCUGGUCACCGCACUGUCCUAUAGCCCUGGCUGACAAAGGGCUAUAAAAAGGUCUUACAUCCCCAUGUGGGAUUUAGCCAACAAGCGCAGGAGAACAAACAGUGCCUUCUGCACCCAGGCAUUCUGAAUGUCCCUAGCCUUCUGCUUCUCCCAAGCAUUCUGGAGGCCUCUCAUUUCAUCCUCUGGCUCAAGUUCCCCCUUUCUUGUAUCUCUGUCCAAGUCGGGGUUUUUACAGAGGGAGCUGUCUCCGGACAGCCUCACCAGGAACCAAGCAAAGGCCAGACAACCUGGCAAGCAGGCUAUUGGUUUUGUGUUUAUGGGUGGGACAUGUGUGUUCUUGUUAUUUGAUCUGUGCUAUUGUUUAGGGGAAAAAACAUUACAUGAUGAUAAAAAAAAUAAUAAAGGAGCUGAUGUUCUUA